AUGAAAGGAGAGGCUGGGAGAGGUCCAUUAUAUAGACAGGUGACUGACCGAUUUAUAGAUCCUCAGCCUCUUUUCCUCAUAGUAAAAAAUCGUUCAGUCGGUCUCCGACCAGCAGAGCUCUCACAAUCAAAAAUGCGUGAACACUUAGCCAACCUCUCCCAAAUCCAAACUGGUGGAUACUCGUCAUCAGCUACCAACAACACUAGUACCAACAGUACCAACACUAAUGGAUUCAAUUUCCAAGAUGCAUUUACCACUCAAACAUCACUAGGUGCCAACAAAGUUGCUGGUGAUGAACUUGUGUGA